UCUCUCAUUUGCAUGUGGUGAGGAAGUGGAUAGAAGCAGGCCACCAAACUGUCUCCAUUAGAGGGCAGGAGGCAGGAGGUCUUCUGCUAUUCUUUGGUGGAGCAAGAAGAGAGAAGAAAUGGGAGGCAUGGUCUUGCCGCACCACCAAAUCUCUCCAAAUCCUUUGCAAAAGACAUCCUUCCCAGGAUCGUUUGCUCUUCACAAAGAUGUGCUCCUCCUCUGUACUCCGCGGCAAGGCUUUCCGCGCUCUUCUUGCGCGACCAUCAGAUCAGAGGUUAAUGGGGUUGCGUCGCCAAAAACUGUCAGAAAGCAUAGCAAGGAGGAGCUGAUUGCUUUCUUCAAAGGCAUUCAGACCUCCAUUGCCGAGAGCUCGCCCUCCAGGAGGACGAGGAAGCGAUCGCCUGACCCGUUUGAAGAGGUUGACAAGAGGAAGCAGUCAUACGACAUAGACGAUGGCGGCACCGGUGAUGCUUCAGAGGAACAGGGAAAGGUAAUAAAUCUGGAUGAUAUGAAGAUGGCUGAGCUGAGAGAACUAGCGAGGGCGAGAAGGAUGAGGGGUUACUCGAAGCUAAAGAAGGGUGAGCUGCUUGCUCGUUUGAAAGGGGUUCUGUAAAAUUCUACAGGAUCAAGAACAGAACAGACAGAUAUCAGGGACUUGCUAUAACUCUGCUAACUAGAUUGGUGUCCUCUUCGACUUCAAUUGACCCUGUUGAGAUUGCACAUGUUCUUACUAUCAGUGUAAACUUCAAAUGUAAGAUGAGAUUUCAUGAGAAAGUGUAUGAUCAUGCAGGCCGUAUGGUUGUUGUUCUCUGAAAUCUUCUGCAGUGUUCGUUUAUCAAUAAGAAUGAAAACGGGCUUCAAAAGCAA